UCCCUCCUUGGCACGUGGGGAGCAACAGCACUGACCAACAUGGCCGCGUGCAGUGUGGAGGAGCUGCUGGCUAAAGCGGAGCGAGAGGAGGCCGAAAAACUGAAGAGCAUCUCGGUCCACAAAGAGCUGGACCUGGACUUUGACAUCGGGAACCUGCUGGCUUGCGACAGAAACCGCAUCGAGGCGCGGGACUUCAGGGAGCAGAAGAAAGAGGACUUCCUGCGGUCUUUAGCUCGAGACAACGCGCAGCUGCUCAUCAACGAGAUCUGGAAACAACCCACGGAGCGGGUCGAGGAGGCGAUAGUGGUCAAACUACCGGAGUCCGCCACCCCGCUGCCCAGAGAGAAACCACCCCCGAAACCAAAACCACCCACGAAAUGGGAAGAGUUCGCCAAGCUGAAGGGCAUUCAGAAGAAGAAGAAGACCAACUUGGUCUGGGAUGAAACCGCGAAGGAGUGGAAGAGGCGCUGGGGCUACAAGAGGGCCAAGGAUGACACCAAGGAGUGGCUCAUAGAGGUGCCGGAGACCGCAGACCCGAAUGAGGACCAGUUCGCCAAACGCGUAAAAGCCAAGAAGGAGCGGGUGGCCAAAAACGAGUUCAACCGGCUGAAGAACAUCGCCAGGGCGCAGAAGAUCAAAGUGCCAGGUGUGGGUCUGACCCCGGUGGCGCAGCAGUCCAAAGACGACCUGUCCAAGGCUGUGAGCGUGGCCAAGACCUCCACAGCGUCCGCGGGCCGGUUCCAGGACCGCCUGCCCAAAGAGAAACCACCGAGGAACACGGGCAAGAGGAGGAAGUUCGAGCCCCUCAUCGGCAACUUCGGCACCGAGAAGCAGAAGCAGCUGGAGCUUCUCAAACUCAUGGGCAGCAAGAAGCCCCGGUUGGACAUCACCAAGGCCGUCAACAAACAGAUGAGGGAGGAGGACCGAGAGGAGGCCGCGGCUAAAUACAAGAAGGGAGCCGGGAAGAAAGGACGCAAGGGCAACAUGUCGGGGAAAGGCAAAGGGAAAGGUGGGAAG